AUGGGGCCGGUCGGGGCGCUGGGGCUGCUGCUGUGCCUGCGGCUGUGUGGGGGCUCCGGGCAGCUGCGGCUGGUGGGGGGCGGCGGGCGCUGUGCCGGACGCGUGGAGGUGAAUCACGAUGGUGAGUGGGGCUCCGUCUGCGUCUACGAGUUCGACUGGGAAGCCCAAUGGGCCACCGUGGUGUGCCGGCAGCUGGGCUGUGGCCACGUGGUCUCGUCGUCCCCGUACGCCCUGUUCGGGCAGGGCAGCGGCCGGAUCUGGCUCCAGCCCUUCUUCUGCCGUGGCACUGAGGAGGUGCUGGAGGAGUGUCCGCACUUUGGAUGGGGCCAGCACUACUGCGGCCACGAGCGGGACGUGGGGGUGAUCUGCACAGAGGCCGUGGAGCUGAGGCUGGUGGAUGGCGGCGGUCUCUGCGCCGGGAGGGUGGAGGUGAAGCUGUGGGGACACUGGGGCUCGGUGGGAGAUGACAGCUGGGACAUGGAGGACGCUGAGGUGGUAUGCCAGCAGCUGGGCUGUGGCUCAGCUGCCGGCGCCUACUUUGCCCGCGACCGCUUUGGCAGAGGGGCCGGGCCCGUCAACCUGGCCGUGGUGGACUGCAAGGGGAACGAGGCCACACUCUGGGACUGUGAGAUCCGUGGCUGGGGACCUUACAGUUCCACCCAGGACUAUGACACCUCUGUUGUCUGCCAAGGGUUUUCCCGGCUGGUCGGAGGUGACAGAGCCUGUGCCGGGCGGUUGGAGGUGCGGCAGCGCCAGGCCUGGGUUGGCGUCUGCGCGGAGCACGUGGACAUGAAGGUGGCCCAGGUGGUGUGCCGGGAGCUGGGCUGCGGCGCGGCGCUGGCCAUCCCCGGCAGCAGCCGGUUUGGGGCGGGAACGGGGCCGCUGUGGGAGGGGGGGUUCAACUGCAGCGGCACCGAGCCCCUCCUCAGCGCCUGCGGCCGGCGGGUGCCCCACGGCCAGGGCUGCACUGGCCACGCCACCAUCAUCUGCUCCCCCUACACGGGCUUCCGGCUGGGGAACAGCAGCUCGGGCUGUGCCGGGCGGGUGGAGGUGGCGGUGAGGGGCACGUGGGGGUCCGUGUGCGCCACCGACUGGGACCUACCCGAUGCCGACGUCCUGUGCCGCCACCUGGGCUGUGGCCACGCCGUCACCGUGCCCCCGGGAGGCUCCUUUGGCAGCGGGGACGGGCCACUGAGGCCGGACGCCUUCGGCUGCAGCGGGAGCGAGCGGCACCCGGGCGAGUGCCCCGUGGCGGUGCUGGGGGAGCCCCCCUGCAGCCCGGGGAAUGCCGCCGCCGUCAACUGCUCAGGCAUCGUCAAUUCCGUGCGGCUGGUGGAGGGUGAGAGCCGGUGCGACGGGUGGAUGGAGUUGGCCAUAAGCCCUGGGGUCUGGCGCCGUGUGCCAGGAGAGGUUUUGGCUGAACGAAAUUUCAGUGUGGUGUGUGGGAAACUGGGCUGUGGUGGGCUGGACAAGAGCGAUGCUGUUGUUGGUACGGUCCCCGUGUGGAACAUGAGCGAUUCAGAGCAGAACAUUACAAUAGAAGUGGUCCACACUCUCUGGAAGAUGACCAACCAGGAGAUGCCUGUCUGGCUGAACGACUUAAUAGUCUGGAACAUGACCACCGGGCCAACUGACAUCCCUCAUGGGGCAGCCAUCGUCUGCUCAGGCAGCCGGCGGGUGAGGCUGGCGGGCGGUGCCGGGCGCUGCGCCGGGCGCGUGGAGGUCUAUGGCGGUGGCACGUGGAGCAGCGUGUGCCAGGAGCGCUGGGACCUGCAGGCCGCCGCCGUUGUGUGCCGGGAGCUGGGCUGUGGCGCGGCGCUGGAGGCCCCCGGCUCGGCGCGCUUGGGCCCCGGGCCGGGCAGAGCGUGGCCGUACGUGGUUGAGUGCGCCGGGAGCGAGGAGUCUCUCUGGGAAUGCCGACGCUCGGAACGGCGCGAGUGCGAGCGCGGGGCCGGGGCCGGGGCCGUGUGCUCAGGCGCCGGCAGAGCCGUGGGUGCCAUCCCCGACGCCAUCUACGAGGAGCUGGACUACAGCGCGAUGCCGGAGUACCAGGAGGUGCCCAGUCGCCCAGGUUCCCCGCGGGAGAGCUCAGUGAAGAAUCUGCUGUAUUACCCUGGGGACAGCGUGGAGGGGAGUGACAGCGGGGCAGUCCCAGAUGGCUACGACGAUGCCACAGCAGGAACCUCGGAUGGCUACGAUGAUGCCACAGCUGGAACCUCGGAUGGCUACGAUGAUGCCACAGCUGGAACCCCAGAUGGCUACGACGAUGCCAUGGCUGGAACCCUGGAUGGCCACGACGAUGCCACGGCCGUGCCAGAGGAUUCCCCCACUCCCAGCACUGGGGACAUCUCCGAGGGAGUGUGGGAGCUGCCCCCCUCCAAGUCCCCCCGGAGCUACAGGGGACCCCCUGGGACAGCCCCCGGGGCACAUGGACUGUGA